AUGCGGUGUGCCGCUUUGCCACGUCGCGUCCGCGCUGCCGCCUCGCCGUCACCCGCAUGCAAAGCAGCACCCCUAUGUCGUCGAGGCUGGCCACGCAACCCGUUGAUGAAGGGACUGGCCCCAGCGCUGAGAUGGGCUCAUUCGGACAGAAGGCUGAGCAUCCUGGAGCACGUCCACCUCAAGGGGGAUCCCUUGACCGGCCUGGCCCCCUACGAACAGGCCGAGGACGCACAGGAGCAGCAUCGGACCCGAUUUCUCCAAUGGAAGGCAUCAUCUGAGGGACAACGAAUGUCAGCAUCGAGCCGCCAUGUGCCAAGGCCGCGCCUCAUAUCGUUCGAAGCCACGCCCACCUUCACCCUUGGACGCCGCCAGGAAGACUUGACGGCAGAACAAGCCACGCGCCUGCAACAGCCGCUGGACAUUGGCCUGGUGCACCGUCGCAACCCCAUCGCACACCGGUUCACUCCGCAGGUCAAGAAGACCAACCGCGGCGGUCUGACGACGUACCACGGGCCGGGGCAAAUCGUUCUCUGGCCCAUCAUCGACAUGCACUCCUCUCUGUAUCCCAAGUACGGCGUGGCCUCGUACGCGAAUCAUCUGGAAACGACGACGCAGCGUCUCCUCUCUGAGCUCUUCGGCAUCCAGACGUACACGGCUCGUGAUGAGCCUGGCGUGUGGGUGAUGACGUCGAGUGGGCAGGAGCGCAAGAUUGCGGCACUGGGUGUUCACCACCGGCGGUACGUGACGGCGCUAGGCAUCGCGGUGAAUAUCGAUGUGCCUGUGACGGGAGGGGAGGCUGUUAACCCGUGGGCUCGGUUCGUGCCGUGUGGGCUUGACGGGAGGCUCGUCACUUCUGUGGCCGCAGAGGUUGGCGUCGACUCGGCGCUCGGAUGGGAUUUGGAGGAUCUGGCUGGUCGAUGGGCGGCUCUGUUUGACGAGGGAUUGGUGGACGAGGCCAAGAGGAGUGUUGGGGAUGGCGAGGCGCUCAGUCGAUUGCAGAGAUGA